UUUGUGCCAAUUUCUUCUUAUGAUUCAUUUAGAAAAAGAAUCGAUCAACUGCUGCAACAGGUGAAGCAACAGCAGAAGAGGAAGAAGGACAUGGUUGGUGAGCGAAGGGCUUUGGAGUGGCAAGUGGUGAGUAUUCUCAACACUUGCACCACCCUCCGCCGCGCCAAACAACUCCACGCCCACAUCUACCGCCACAACCUCCACCAAUCCUCCUACAUCAUCACCAACCUCCUCCGCCACCUCACCACCACCUUCCCCCACCUCCCCAUCCACUCCUACCCUCGCCUCCUCUUCUCCCAGGUCCCUUCCCCCAACCCCUUCCUCUACUCCGCCCUCAUCCGCGCCUACACCCUCCGAGGACCCUUCACCGAAGCCCUUCGCUUAUACACGUCCAUGAGAAACCAACGCAUCACCCCCAUCUCCUUCACCUUCUCCGCUCUCUUCUCCGCCGUCACAAACCUCACGUUGGGAACCCAGCUCCAUGCACAUGCCCUCUUGCUUGGCUUUGCCUCUGAUAUCUUCGUCAACAAUACAAUGAUCAAAAUGUACGUGAAGUCCGGGUGUUUGGACUCCGCGCGCAAGGUGUUCGAUGAAAUGCCUCAACGGGAUGUUGUUUCAUGGACUGAGUUGAUUACUGCGUAUGCCAGGAAUGGUGACAUGAAUUCCGCGCGCGAGUUGUUUGAUGAGUUGGAUGUGAAGGAUAAGGUGGCUUGGACUGCCAUGGUUACUGGGUAUGCUCAGAAUGCCAUGCCGAAGGAGGCGUUGGAGUUUUUUCGGUGCUUGCGGGAGGCGGGUAUGGAGACUGAUGAGGUUACAUUGGCUGGUGCGAUUUCUGCUUGUGCUCAAUUGGGUGCGUCGAAGGAUGCUGACUGGGUGAGGUGCAUUGCUGAGAGUUCUGGGUUUGGGCCUGCUCGUAAUGUUCUUGUGGGAUCGGCGCUGGUGGAUAUGUACUCUAAAUGUGGGAAUGUGGAGGAGGCGUAUAAUGUGUUUAGGGGAAUGAAGGAAAGGAAUGCUUUUACUUACAGUUCCAUGAUUGUGGGAUUUGCAAUUCAUGGCCGUGCUCGUGCUGCGAUUAAGUUGUUUUAUGAGAUGUUAGAGACUGAGAUAAAACCGAACCAUGUUACUUUUGUAGGGGUGCUUGUGGCUUGCACUCAUGCAGGCUUGGUAGACCAAGGUCAGUACCUCUUUAGUAACAUGGAAGGAUGUUAUGGUGUUGUUCCCUCUGCAGAUCAUUAUGCUUGCAUGGCAGAUCUUCUUGGUCGAGCUGGGCACUUAGAGAAGGCACUUCAGCUUGUUGAGACAAUGCCUGUGGAGCCUAACGGUGCUGUCUGGGGAGCACUUCUUGGAGCAUCACACGUUCAUGGGAACCCUGAUGUUGCUGAAAUUGUGUCUAGACAUUUGUUUGAGCUUGAGCCUAAUAACAUAGGAAACUAUUUAUUGCUUUCUAACACGUAUGCAUCGGCUGGAAGAUGGGAUGAUGUGUCAAGGGUCAGGAAAUUGAUGAGAGAUAAAAAUUUGAAGAAGAAUCCAGGAUAUAGUUGGGUUGAAUCAAGAAAUGGUGUGAUUCAUGAGUUCUUAGCAGGUGAUGUGAAACAUCCAGAAAUUAAUGAGAUUAAGAAGGCAUUAGACGAUCUUUUGGAACGACUGAAGGCUAUUGGGUACCUACCAAACCUAAGUUCAGUGCCAUAUGAUAUUGGUGAUAAAGAAAAGAGGUUUUUACUAAUGGCUCAUAGUGAAAAACUAGCUCUGGCAUUUGGACUGCUAAAUACUGAUGCUGGUUCCACAAUAAAGAUUAUGAAGAACCUUAGGAUAUGUGAGGAUUGUCAUAUUGUGAUGUGUGGCGCAUCAAAAGUUACAGGAAGAAAAAUUGUUGUGAGGGAUAACAUGAGAUUCCACCACUUCCUUAAUGGGGCCUGCUCUUGCGGUGAUUUUUGGUGACUGAGUGCAUAUUUGGAAAUUCUUCAACAAUUGAUUUUAAUGACAGAAUCAAUUAUAAGAAGAAGCUUCUGUGAGUAGUUGAUCUAAACAUAUGCUAUGAGAAGAAGUCAUUGUGCGGAUGCAAAACUGACAUAUUGACGUUGGAAGAAUAACUUUGAAUUGUUCAUUUUAUCUUCGAGGAGGUCUAAAGAGGGAGAGGGAAGGAAGUGAGGGCAACUAAUGGACUGGUUAUUGUUCUCUGCAAUGCCAAUGUUUUUACAGAUACAUGAUCAGUGUAAUUAUGAAGUAGUAACAUCAACAUAGAGAUGAGAAACAAAGGCUGUAAUGGUGGAUAAGAGGAACUGUACUACAUUGAUUCUGGUUGAAUUCUGAAACUUCAUAGAAGAAGAGACAUAUAUAACAAGGGUCAGAAAUUGAAAGCAAGGAACGAACAAGUACUGAAGAAACAUGCUAAAGAAAGCCCUUAAACUUUCGGUCUUCAAUUUGACCUUCUCUCUUUGAGAGCAAUCUGCAGUAAGUCUGGAAAAGACCAAGCAGGCUGCUAGAAUACCUUGAUGUACCCCUUCCCCACUUCCAAAAGGAACGACAUCCCUUUCCUUACCGUAAAAGGUACAUUGUCAAUUAGCUCAUCUUGGGAGAAUUUUAUUUAAGAACGGUUAAAGUGAAUUAUUUUUAAUUUUCAGACCGAUUACUAAUUUGGAGUAUAUCGAAACGUAACAAAUUAUUAGUGUUAAAAACAACAUUCAAAUGGGUUUCUAUAAAAAAUUAAGCUGAUGACUAUAGCCCCGUCCUUCUACAUAAUAGCUAUCCUUAAACAUGAUUAUCUUUGUCAACUUCUUUUGGCCUUGGCACAUUUGUUUUAGCAUGAAUUUGGUAUUUAAAAAUACUUUAAAAACGCAAAUAAUUAGGGAAUUUGGAAUUCCAUGGUUCCAAUCCAGCUCUUGAGUGCACGAUUAGGUCUUGUUGUGACAUAAUAUAUUUCAAUUCUCAAAGAAAAUCAUAGAUUAAUUUAGUUCAUCUGCAUUAUGAUUUGCCUGAAGUGCUGAUAUCGCCUUCACAUUUUCAUUUCUUUAAAGGAUGAUGAACGAACUAAUUAACUCACUGAAUAUUAUAUCUUUCCCACUUAUCCUGUUCAACAAUGAAGCCACAUACAUAACCAAUAAUGCAAAUAUUAAAUUCUUAUGCACAACUACCUUUUUUAUUUUUUAGAAAAGAGUCCCAAUCUUAUUAUUAUAUUUAUAUCUGUGUAAUAAUUGUAUUUUUUAACUUAAAAGAUCAAAGCAUACACCAGAUUUUAGUCAUACUCUCAUUCUUCUAAACUCUUCUUCAACAUUUCAUUCUAACUCUCAAUUACUUUCUGUUCACAAAAUAAACGAAGAGACUAGGUUGGUUGGUAAGUCAACCUCUCUAGUCAAGCUUUGUAUUGAAUUCAGUGUGUCAUUACAUUGAAGAAUGCAUACGUUUAAAUAAAAAUGGCCUAGGGUUUCCUGC